AUGACAAAGGACUAAAAAUGGAGAAAAUGCAGAAAGAGCCAUUGUCGAAGUCCAGCAGAACAAUGGAGGAAAAGGUAACAGCAGAAGCUAUUUGGAACAAAGAAACAGUGCCAAAAGUGAUGAAAAUAGUGAGUACCAGACUCCCCCAAAGAGAACUCAUCACUCUUCUAUUUAUCAGCCCUUGGAUUCACCGCAGUCUCCAUUCACACCCCUCUCUCUGGCUGGUUCUUGAUUUUCAUGAGAUGAGUAAUGCUGGCAAUCGCCUUGUUUCAGCUCUUUCUUUGCCGAGAUAUCGCAAUGUGAAGCAUAUCAACCUUGAGUUUGCACAGGAUAUUGAAGACAAGCAACUGGAAAUUGUUAAAAGCAAGUGUGGGGAUUCCCUUUUAAAUCUGGAGAUUCUAAAUCUAAAUGGCUGUCAAAGGAUCUCUGACAAGGCAAUCGAAGUAGUGACAAGUACUUGUCCUAGACUGAAGGUCUUUUCCAUUUAUUGGAAUGUAAGAGUAACAGAUGUUGGCAUUACUCAUCUGGUCAAGAACUGCAGAUCAGUGGUCGAUUUGAACUUAAGUGGCUGCAAGAAUAUUACAGAUAAAAGUUUGCAUCUUGUUGCUGACAAUUAUCAAGAAAUGGAAUCCUUGAACAUCACUAGGUGCAUCAAGCUGACAGAUUCUGGUUUGCAACGGAUUUUACUGAAGUGCUCUUCUCUUCAGAGUUUGAACCUUUACGCCCUUUCCACUUUAACAGAUGAAGCUUAUAAGAAGAUAUCUCUUUUGCCUCAUCUUAUAUUCCUGGAUCUCUGUGGUGCUCAGAAUCUAACAGAUGAUGGGCUUUCUUGUAUAGCCAUGUGCAAAAACCUGGUGUCUCUCAAUUUGACAUGGUGUGUACGAGUCACUGAUGUUGGGGUAAUAGCAAUAGCUCAAGGCUGCAGGUCUCUUGAAUUCCUAAGUUUAUUUGGGAUACUUGGGGUAUCUGACAAGUGCUUGGAGGUGCUUUCUAGCUUUUGCUCUGAUACACUUACAACCCUUGAUGUAAAUGGCUGCACCAAUAUAAAGAAUCGCAGCCGUGAUCAACUGCUCAAGUUAUUCCCCAACCUGACGUGCUUCAAAGUGCAUAGCUAAGUUGUCAUUUUGUCGAUGAUUUCAUCUGCUCUUCUGUAGUGACUAUCUCAGCUAGCACAGAGUGAGUGAAAGAAACUGAUGCCAAAUGCCAAAUUGCUAAAGGAUACAAUGAGCCCUUGAUUUAUUACCAACAGGAGAAAAAGAGUGAAGGGGAAAGUCAGUUUACCUGCUUCUACGAAAGAUAAAACAAGGUAACUUGGCAUGCUUUGGGCGCCACUUAGUGUAUCAUCCUUUCGUGGCGGAUAUUUUUAAUUCCUUCAUAUGCUCACUCAACAUGGUCAUCUCUUGUGUGAUCCAAGCUGAUGCAUUUUCUAUACAUGUAAGUUCUCAGCAUUAAUUUAUGGCCUUUUGAAUUCCUAAACUUUAAGCGCUUCGUGUAGCUACACAAUGUUUUAUGGAGAAUCAUGUAAUCUUGAAUUGGUCCAAUCUGUAUCAUACUCUAAGCUUCUUUUAUUUGUCAGAAUUUGUGA